CCCUCCUCGCCGGGCUGAGGGGCUGCCCGCUGGAGGCCGGCGCUCGGGCAGUCCGGGGGGAGGCUCUGCCAGGGGCCGGUCGCAGGCAGGCUCCCGGGGAGCAGCCGCGGGGCGCUGGGGCAGAGGCGGCGAUGCUGGGCGCGCGGCGCGGAGCCUGCUGAGUGACUUGCCCUGGGGCACUGGCCGUGCGCCCCGGGGAGCGCGGCAUGGCACCCCGAGCCUCCCCGCGCUAGCCUCUCUCCGGGAGCGCUGCCCAGCGCGGCUCCUGAGCGGCUGGGCGGAGGGGCACCCCCGCGCGGCGCUGGGGCUCGACUGGCGGGGCCCGGGAGCAACCCCCGCGGCGGUGCCCGUGCGCUGAGCCAUGCUGCCCGGCGCGCAGGCGGGCAUAUGGGACAGCGCCUGAUCUGCUGCCUCGAUGCGCCCAGCGCCCUGCAGCCGCCGCCGCCGCUCCUCCCGGUGAGACGGAAACUCCUGCUGCUCUGCAUCAUGCUCUUCCUCUGGCUCUACAUGUUCUACUCCUGCGCCGGCUCCUGCGCCUCCGUGCCCGGCCUCGCGGGGAGGCCCGCUGCCGCUGCCGGGGCCGGGGAGGCUGCCGCCACCGCUGGAGCGCGCGGAGAGGGUCUCCAGGUGCUUUCCAAGCUGCUGCGCCGGGCGCCUUCCGGGGGAGCCCAGGGGCUGGCGGGUCCCGCCGCGGCUUCCCCCUCGGAGCUGCGGGAGGAGCAGAGCGCGGCCCCCGACCCCACCAGCCCCAUCUCCAGCUUCUUCAACGGCUCCGGCACCAAGAAGCUGCCGCAGGCCAUCAUCAUCGGGGUGAAGAAGGGCGGCACGCGGGCGCUGCUGGAGUUCCUGAGGGUGCACCCCGACAUCCGGGCCGUGGGGGCCGAGCCCCACUUCUUCGACCGCAACUACGAGCGGGGCUUCGCCUGGUACAGAGACCUGAUGCCCAAAACCCUGGAUGGGCAGAUCACCAUGGAGAAAACCCCCAGCUACUUCGUCACCAAGGAAGCACCUGCUCGAAUCUCUGCCAUGUCGAAGGGCACCAAGCUCAUCGUGGUGGUGCGGGACCCCGUGACCCGAGCCAUCUCCGAUUACACGCAGACUCUCUCAAAGAAGCCCGAUAUCCCCACCUUUGAGAGCCUGACCUUCAAAAACAGGACUACAGGCCUGAUCGACACCUCGUGGAGCGCCAUCCAGAUCGGCAUCUACGCCAAGCACCUGGAGAACUGGCUCCUCUACUUCCCCAUUGGGCAGAUCCUCUUUGUCAGUGGGGAGAGGCUGAUCAGUGACCCUGCCGGGGAGCUGGGCAGGGUCCAGGACUUUCUGGGCCUUAAGAGGAUCAUUACGGACAAACACUUCUACUUCAACAAAACCAAGGGCUUCCCCUGUCUGAAGAAGGCUGAAGGGAGCAGCAAACCCCACUGCCUGGGGAAAACGAAAGGCAGGACCCACCCCAAUAUAGACCGAGAGGUGGUGCAGAGACUGCGGGAGUUCUACAGGCCUUUCAACAUGAAGUUCUACCAGAUGACUGGGCACGACUUCGGCUGGGACUGAGGCUGACACGACAGUGUCUCCCUGUAAUUACCCCACGGUGCAGCUUGCUUCUAUAAAGAUAUAUGUGUGUGUGUGUGUGUAUGUAAAAUGUACAGAAAUCUAUUUUAUAAUAAUUUAUUUUUAAUUUUUAAGUAAUUAAUUCACUAAGCUGCCUAACCACACUGUCUAGAAUAUUAGCCCAUAACCUUUUUUUUUUUUUAACAUUCCAUGGUGUUUAAUUCUAAUAUUGGUCUUUUUAUUUUGUUUGGUUUGUAAUUGACGGUGCUUCCAUUACCUAGAGGAAAUUAGUAUUGGAAAGGAAAGGGGGGGGAAAAAGCACAAUUUUAUUUUCGUUACGGGUAUUAGGCCUUUAUAACCAUUUACUUGU